GCACUACCCCCCGCCCCGUACACUGCCCCUGCGCAGCACAACCAGGCCACAGCGCCGUCUUGUGUUGUCCCUGCCAUGUCAGACCAGUACUACCCCUGGGGCCAUUGCCCCUCCUGACCUCAAGGCCGCUACACAGGUCCCCUGCCUGACUCCCAAAGGGCCCCAGAUGAUACCCCUAGUGGAGGAGGGGCCCACUGCAGCAACCCCAGACAUGGACGUUCCCCUGGCCCUGUGA